GCAAUCUGCAGUGUAGACCAAUGGUAGACUGCAGUCCACUGCUGACGGAGGCCACCAUUGUCAAGGACAAGGGUUUAUGCCAUUAUGGUGUCCCCUGUACCGAUCGCCAGCUACGAAACAGACUAGCAUAAGAGGAGACGAAAAACUGUUAGCUUUUCAGAUUUUCCUCGAGCAUCGGUGAAAGGUAGCAGUUGUUGCUCCACAUCUUUGUUACGCUCUUCAAUAUAGGUUCUCUUACAUAAUAUUAUGUAACUUCAUUGUACUAGCUGCACGUAUUGCUCUGUGAACUUGCUGGGUGAUGGCUAGUGGAACGAAAUCUCUAUCUCAGGUGGUGGAGGAGCGAUGCAAAGAGGAGGAGGACGCGGCGUCGGGAGCCUUCAACCACAUCUUUGUGAAGCCCUUGACAGGGAACUAUUUGGAACGCCUGCAAUGCAUGUCCAUUGACCAUCAGAAUAUCGAUUCACUGGACGGUAUCGCACAGCUAGCAGCCACUUGUCCCAACUUGCGGGACAUCGAUAUCUCUCACAAUCUGUUGACAUCAUGGACAGAGGUUUUCUCGCUGCUUGCAGCUUUCCCCAGGCUGCGCCAGCUCAAUGUCUCUUUCAAUCCAUUCGCUAAGCCUGCGGAUAGUGCAGCUCCCGGUGGUGAUGCUAUGUCUGAAAUUACUCCCGCUGCUCCCGCUGCUGCUGCUGUGGAGCACACUGGCUUGAAGACACUGAUCGUGAAUGGAACGUUUUGCCCUUGGACGCUUGUUCAUACGUUUCUAUCGCAGUGUACCAGUGUCGAAGAGCUACAUCUGAGUUGCAAUGAGUAUAAUCAGAUAGAGCUGCCCGAGAGGUGCCACGACAAGCUGAAGCGCCUGCAUUUCAACAACAACGCGGUGGUGUCUUGGCAGAACCUGGAACGCGUGGGUGCUGUGUUCCCAGCCCUCCUCAUGCUGGUAGCACGAGCCAAUCCGCUCACUGUACCCGUGGCUGAGUCACCAGCAAGUGCAGAUGACGAAAACACCGAGGCUGCAGCCGAUGAGCUUCACCUAGCCCAAGUGCCAUUCAUUGUCCUGUCGGAAACCAAGAUCAGCACGGUGGAUGAGCUACGCGGCUUGGCUCACCGCUGCCCUGGACUCAAGCAGUUGCGCUUGCAGAGUGUACCACUAUUUGAUGACUGGCCAGAAGAACUACAUCGUGGCGGUAUUAUAGCCUGCCUGCCACAGUUGACACAUCUGAACGGGAGCAGCAUUGAUGAUGACGAACGGGAGAAAGCUGAAAGAGCAUUCAUUCGUCACUACACCAAUGCACCAAACUUGCUGGUGGGUGACGCAAAGGAGGUGGCUGAGUCGCUUGUAGAGAAGCAUGGGAAUCUUCUCCCUCUUGCUGAAGUCAACCUUGGACCACCUAAAGGCAACAUUACAUUAAAUGUCCGCUGGGAUACCAAGGUCCACCCACGCUCAAACCCAGAUGUGCACACGAUGAAGUUGCCACUUACAACUUCAUUUGCAGCGUUCCAGGAAAAGGUCGCAAAAAGGUUCGAAAUUGACCCGCGGAAGGUAUUCCGCUUGAAGUUUUUCCACUAUGAUGACGAGUGCGGCGUGAACGUGCUCCAGCGAAUUGCCACCCCAGGAGUGCGCUCCCUGUAUGACAGUGACCUUGCAGAUGGAGACGAGAUCUUUCUGCGCCUCUAGCUGUGGCAUUGACAACUUGCUAUACUCAGUAGUCCCACUAGUAUUGUUGAACUAAGGCAGGCACUCGACAUUAUUACGGCGCUGGUGCCGGUGCUGUAUUUACUGAAGCAUCUAAACUUGUUACAGCUUCGCUUUACAUUACAUUGUAGGGUAUAUCUCAGCACCCCUGUCGCCAGCCGGCCGGGUACCGUGUACACUAGUGAAAGUUAGCUCUCUGGUUUGAGUACUGUCACGCACAUUAUUUUCACGCACAUUAUUUUAUUUUAUUUUUAAUAGGUGUCCUAGCCAGCUAGAAGGACACAGUGCUACCAGGUUUGUAUUUGAAGAACGUUCACACUUUACGUGCAAUUUACAAGUAGUUUUUUCAAAGGUUUUACAAAAUUAAUAUUCUCUGGGCUAUAUGCUUCAUACAGUAAACAGCUUGCUAGUCCUUGCGUACGUCUCACGGCUGGUUUCCGCGCUCAUACUUUGACAAUGCUUUCCUAAAUUCUUCAGGAUUUUCAUGUCCUCUUUCCCUAUACCUUUCGUUACCCAGUGUCCAAUACUUUUUAGCAUUCGUCAGGCUUGAUACGUUUUCUUUUGUCCUUUGAAACUUUAAAACUGAGAAUUAUAAGCUCAUGCCCAAGAGGUGGCAUUCAUGAAAACUCCUCGCUUCAUUGCUGAAUCAUGCGCUUAUACAAACCCCUUUUUUGUUCUUCGUUUCAUAGCAAUUGUUUUACUCCGCCCUACAAGGCUCUAUGA